CCCACUUGGAGCCACUCAUUCAGGCUCCAAGAUUGCUUUUCUGCUUCUCUGUAGUAGGCUGAAGAAUGGCCCCCAAAGAAGUCAGAGUCUAAUCCCUGGAAGUUCUGCGUGUUACCUUUUCUAGUGAUGGGAUCUUUGCAGAUGUGAUUCAGUUAAGAAUCUUGCAUGAGGAGGUGAUCCUGGUUAUCUGAUCCUAUGGCCCUAAAUGCCAUCGCACGUGUCCUUAUGAGAGGGAGGCAGGGGAGAUGUGAAAGACAAGAGGAGAAGGUGAUGUGAAGGUGGAAGCAGAGAGUGAGAGUGAUGUGGGUGUGAUGGCUGAUUCUGUGUGUCAGCUUGACUGUGCCAUGGGUGCCCAGAUACCUAGUCAAACCUGAUCCUGGGCGUGUCUGGGUGGGAUUAGCAUUUGGAUCUGUAGACAGACUAAAGCAGAUUGUCCUCCCCCAUGUGGGAGGGCCUCAUCCAAUCAGCUGAGGGCCUGAAUAGAGGAGAAAGGCGGAGUAAGGGAGAACUCCCUCUCUCUGCCAGACUCUCUUUGAGCUGGGACAUUGGUCUUCUCCUGUCUUCAGAUAUGGACCAGAGAUGGAACUUGUCCCCUCGGCUCUCCCGGGUCCAGCUUGCUGACUAGAUCUCAGGGCUCUCCAGCCUCCAUGGUCAUGUGAUCAGAUUCAUUAUAAUACAUCUCUUUCUCUGUAUAUACACAUCCUAUUGAUUCCGUUUCUCUGGGGACUCUGACGAAUACAGUGACCACAAACGAAGGAAUGCCACAAGCCACCAAAAGCUGGGCGAGGCAAGGAAGGAUUCUCCCUCAGAGUCUCCAGAGGGAGCGCGAUCCUGCUGACACCAUGAUUUCAGCCCAGUGAAACUGAUUGCAGACUUCUGGCCUCCAGAACUUUGAGAGAACAGAUUUCUGUUGUUCUAAGCCACCCGGUUUAUGGUCAUUUGUUAGAGCUGCCACAGGAAAAGAACACAGCCAGUGUAAACAGUGCUACCGUAAAUACCCCAGCCACACGCAUGGGGCUGUUAUUCAGGCAUGGAUUUCAGGGAGUGGCACUGCUGGGGCAGGGUGUGUGUCUCUUUGUUUCAUAGAUCAUAUGCCAGAUAACUUUUCACAAAGAUCCAGCAGCCCGUCUCUUCCCUGCAUGGAUGAGUGUACACCCUGACCCUGCGCUCUUUCUCAGCGGUGGACAUGAGAGUCUUUUCGACUUUGUUAGUCUGAGAGGGGCAGAGCUGCAGCUUUGUUCCUUGACAUGUGUCUCCUUGAGUCUGAGCCAAGAUUUCUGAAGACUCCCUCCUAGAAACAAUUGGGAAGUUUCGAGAGGCACAAGAUACAGGGUCCCCGCUGCCCUGCACCUGCCCUGCCUAUGCCCUUCUCAGCAUCAUCGCUGCUGAUUGAUUGCUGAUUAAUUGGUUGCAUUUCUUCAGAGGGCCGUAGAGAAGCACGCUGUUUAAGAACGAGGUGGCCUUUGACAUUUGCAGUGGUGAGAGCAGCUCGACCUCUCCCAGAGUGCUGAGAAAUGCGGGGCCUCGGGGCUCGCGCCACCCACCAGCUCCAGGCUGUGCUGCAGGUCGUAGCCCUGCAGCUCUGAGCAGCGACCACCCUGACACCCAUCGUGGGCUCGCCUGCCCGCGGGCAUUUGCUGCCGACGUCCCCACUGCGGCCCCAGCCGAUGAGGAUGUGCGCCCCCAUCGGGGGGCUGCUCACCGCCCUCGCCGUGGUGUUUGGGACAGCGGUGGCAUUUGCACCCAUACCUAGGAUCACCUGGGAGCACAGAGAGGUGCAGCUGGUGCAGUUUCACGAGCCGGGCAUCUUCAACUACUCGGCCUUGCUGCUGAGUGAGGACAAGGACACCCUGUACGUGGGCGCCCGGGAAGCCGUGUUUGCCUUGAACACACACAAUAUCUCCAAGAAGCAACAUGAGGCGUAUUGGAAGGUCUCGGAAGAUAAAAAAGCAAAAUGCGCGGAAAAGGGGAAAUCAAAACAGACAGAAUGCCUUAACUACAUCCGAGUGCUGCAGCCCCUCAGCUCCAGUGCCCUUUACGUGUGCGGGACCAACGCGUUCCAGCCAGCCUGUGACCACCUGAACUUAACAUCCUUUAAAUUUCUGGGCAAAAAUGAAGAUGGCAAAGGAAGGUGUCCCUUCGACCCAGCACAAAGCUACACGUCCGUCAUGGUUGAUGGAGAGCUUUAUUCUGGGACGUCGUAUAACUUUUUGGGAAGCGAACCCAUCAUCUCCCGAAAUUCUUCCCACAGUCCUCUGAGAACGGAGUAUGCGAUUCCUUGGCUUAACGAGCCCAGCUUCGUGUUUGCCGACGUGAUAGGAGAGAGCCCGGAGGGCGGGGACGGCGGGGACGACAAGGUCUACUUCUUCUUCACGGAGGUGUCUGUGGAGUACGAGUUCGUCUUCAAGCUGAUGAUCCCACGGGUAGCGAGGGUCUGCAAGGGCGACCAGGGCGGCCUGAGGACCUUACAGAAGAAGUGGACCUCCUUCCUGAAGGCCAGGCUGAUCUGCUCCCGGCCGGACAGCAACCUCGUCUUCAACGUGCUGCGAGACAUCUUUGUCCUCAGGUCUCCCAGCCUGAAGGAGCCCGUGUUCUAUGGGGUCUUCACCCCACAGCUGAACAACGUGGGGCUCUCGGCCGUGUGCGCCUACAACCUGUCCGCAGCCGAGGCGGUCUUCUCCCGUGGGAAGUACAUGCAGAGCGCCACAGUGGAGCAGUCGCACACCAAGUGGGUGCGCUACAACGGGGCCGUGCCCACGCCGCGGCCCGGGGCGUGCAUCAACCGGGAGGCGCGUGCGGCCAACUUCUCCAGCUCCCUCAACCUACCAGACAAGACUCUGCAGUUUGUCAAAGACCACCCUCUGAUGGAUGACUCCGUGACCCCGAUAGACAACAGGCCCCGGCUGAUCAAGAGUGACGUGAACUACACGCAGAUCGUGGUGGACAGGACCCAGGCCCUGGAUGGCACGGUCCACGACGUCAUGUUUGUCAGCACAGACCGGGGUGCCCUGCACAAAGCCAUCAGCCUUGAGAACGACGUCCACAUCAUCGAGGAGACACAGCUCUUCCAGGACUUCGAGCCUGUCCAGACCCUGCUGCUGUCCUCCAAGAAGGGCAGAAGGUUUGUCUAUGCCGGUUCCAACUCGGGCGUGGUGCAGGCCCCCGUGGCCUUCUGCGGAAAACACGGCACCUGCGAGGACUGCGUGCUGGCCCGGGAUCCCUACUGCGCCUGGAGCCCGGCCGCGGCCGCCUGCAUCGCCCUACACCAGACCGACGGCCCCAGCAGGGGUUUGAUUCAGGAAAUGAGUGGGGAUGCAUCCGCUUGCCCUGAUAAAAUUAAAGAAAGUUACCUGCAGCAUUUUUUCAAGCAUGGUGGCACAGCAGAACUCAAAUGCUCCCAAAAGUCCAACCUGGCCCGGGUGGUGUGGAAGUUCCAGAAUGGCGUGCUCAAGGCCGAAAGCCCCAAGUACAGCCUGGUGGGCAGGAAGAACUUGCUCAUCUUCAACCUGUCAGAAGGAGACAGUGGGGUGUACCAGUGCCUGUCUGAGGAGAGGGUCAAGAACAAGACAGUCCUGCAGGUGGUGGCCAAGCACGUUCUGGAGGUCAAGGUGGUCCCUCGAACUCCGGUGGCCUCCACCUCGCCGGUCACACGGACAGAAGGUAGUAGGAUCACCUCCAGAGUGUCAGCGGGGCCCACCCAAGGCUCCUUUCCCCAGACCCCAGCCAUGCAGGUCACCAGUGCCAGUGCCAUCGCCCUGCCGUCCAGCCCCGCGGGGCCCACCAGCAUGUCCUGUGAACCAAAGAUUGUCAUCAACACGGUCCCCCAGGUCCACUCGGAGAAGACGAUGUAUCUCAAGUCCAGUGACAACCGUCUCCUCAUGUUUCUCUUCCUCUUCUUCUUCGUCCUCUUCCUCUGCCUCUUCACCUACAACUGCUAUAAGGGCUACCUGCCCGGACAGUGUUUAAAGUUCCGCUCGGCCAUGCUCCUCGGGAAGAAGCAGCCCACGUCGGACUUCUCGGAUUGCGAGCAGAGUGUGAAGGAGACGCUGGUGGAGCAGGGCAGCUUCUCCCAGCAGAACGGGGGGCAGCCCAAGCCGGCCCUGGACACCGGCUAUGAGACAGAGCAGGACACCAUGGCCAGCAGGCUGCCCACUGACCGGGAGGACUCGCAGAAGAUCGACGAGCUCCCGGUCAGGGACCGGCCAUUCGACGUCAAGUGCGAGCUGAAGUUCGCCGACUCGGAUGCGGACGGGGACUGAGGCGCCCGCUGCUCCCUGGGAGGUCUUUGUGUUGCCAGUUCAGUCCCCCGUCCAGUGCUGCGUAGGUAGCCGUCGUCAGCAAACCUCAGUCUUCUGUGUCUUUUCUCUUGGGUCGCGCUUGUGACUUGGUUUCUCUUUGUCCUUUCGGAAA